CACCUGCCUCCCCUUCUCCGGCACUAGGACGACUGACUGAAGACGCUCUUUGCGCUUUGAUAGCAGAAGAAUUGGACCUGAGCAAGCCAUACUUGGAACCCGUCAUGCAUAGCGUCUACGCGAGGAUCAACAAUGUCUCUACGUAUCUGUCGAGCUGUCUGCUCGCGCUGCUGGGCGCUAUAGCCCUUUCAAGCUUUGUAUUCACCGCUCAGCCAAGCGGGAAUGUCACCAUCGCGAAUCUGCGAGUAUUUCCCGGCAACUCUCCUCGAUACCGCGUCAAAAACCAGGAAUUCACGUUCGUCAACUUCAAUGUCACCGCAGAUUUGACUCCUCUAUUCCAUUGGAACACGAAGCAACUCUUCAUAUACGUGCAGGCCGAAUAUACGAGCGCGAAAGGGGUGCAGAACGAGAUCGUCAUCUGGGACCGCAUCGUCCGUCGUAAAGAAGACGCGGUCGUGAACGUUGCCGGGCGGAACAAAUACGUGUUCCGCGACCUGUCGCGGACGUUCAGGGGCGUUGAGCCGGCUCACUACUCGCUCAAGUACAACCUGAUGCCGUACGUGGGUGCUCUGACAUACGGCGAGGUCGCGCGCACGAACGAGAGCGUGCCUUUCCCUGAUGCGCAGGAACUCGUGUAAUAUCUCCAUCGUUGUGACGCUACCGUUGGUUCAAAAUGG